UUUUUGAUCCUUCAUGCCACAGCUCUGGGGCGUCGCAAUGGCACCACUGCUGCAUUGGGCGGCUGGGGUCGGAGCAGCCAUAUCCAUUAAGGUCUCCUCAUCAAUCGAUGACGUGGUAUGGCUGGCACCUUUUUUGACGAACAAUGUCAGCAAACUGUCCAGAAUGAAUAACACUGCCAUCUAUGUAUCAGUGUGCGUAGUACAGACGAUGUUGGCGAUGUGCAUAGCAUAUUCCGGCAACAAGAUCGUUGAGUACAUCACCAGAAAUGCCAAAGACGCGUGGUCUUCAGAGAAGAUUCUAACAGUUCUGGCCGGCUCCAUGCUCGCCAUCUACUCAGUGAAACUGCUGCAUGAGUGGUGGACAGAGUCAGAUGAAAACGAUGGCGAGGAUGUGGAACAGGGGAACUAUGCAAAGGUGAGUCCUGACACAGUUGACACAGACUUGGAGGACGGCGAGAUGACCCCCAUGUAUCGGAAACCUGAGCAUGGAGACUCGACCAACGAGAUUGAUAUUCAGAGCAAAGCUGCAUCUCAAAAGGAGAGUGCUCAGACACAGACGCUCUUUGUCAUUGCCUUCAUCGGUUCAUUGGAUGAUCUCACUCUCUUCGUUCCGAUGCUGGUGGGCAAAGGGUUUGAUUUUGCUCAGCUCCUCAUUGGGGCUUUGACAGCAGCUAGCCUGAUUGUCACCAUAUGCCUCUUCGUGGGUUUGUGCCAACCAGUGGCAGACUGCAUCUCCAGAGUUCCAUUGUUCGCGAUUGUUGUUGGCUUUGCUACGCUGCUGUUGGCCAAGUCAUUUACCAUGGACUAGGCGAGAAGUGAGUAGCUCUGGACAUCCAUGGGUUUCUGCAAAAACCAAUGAAACCGCCA